AUGGGCUCUGCUGGCCUGGCACGAACGUUGAAGUCCCUGUGCAUCACCGGGCACCUGUCCAAGGCCGUGAGCCUGCUGUGCCGGAGUCCCGUGUGCCCCGGCGCUGGAACCUACGCGCUUCUGCUGCAAGAAUGCGUGAACCGGAGGGACGUGAGGCUCGGCAAGAGGAUCCACGCGCGCAUGGUGGCCACCGGCUUCCGCUGCAGCGCGUACAUCGCCACCAAGCUGCUUAUCUUCUAUGUCAAGAUCGGGGACCUCGGCUGCGCGCAGAAGCUGUUCGACGGAAUGCCGCAGCGGAGCGUCGUCGCGUGGAACGCCGUGAUCUCCGGGUGCGCGCGCGGCGGCAGCGCGGAGGCGCAGGAGCGGGCGGUGGAGCUGUUCGACGCGAUGCGGGCGGAAGGGCUGGCGCCGGACCAGUUCACGUUCGCGUCGGUGCUGUGCGCGUGCGCGAGGCUGGCCGCGCUGGGCCACGGCCGCCGCGUGCACGGCGUCGCGGUCAAGUGCGACGUGGGCGGCAACGUCUUCGCCAACAGCGCGCUCGUUGACAUGUACCUCAAGUGCAGCUGCCCCGGGGACGCGCACCGCGUGUUCGCGGCCGCGCCGGAGCGGAACGUCACGAUGUGGACCGCGGUCAUCUCCGGCCACGGCCAGCAGGGGCGCGUCGCCGAGGCGCUGGCGCUCUUCGACCGGAUGGCGGCGGAUGGGCUCCGUCCCAACGACGUGACGUUCCUCGCCGUGCUCUCGGCGUGCGCGCACGGCGGGCUCGUGGACGAGGGCUUGAGGCGCUUCUCCUCCAUGUCGAUGGAGUACGGCCUCACGCCAAGGGGCCCGCACUACGCGGCGGUGGUCGACAUGCUUGCCAGGGUCGGCAGACUACACGACGCCUACGAGCUCGUCAAGAACCUGCCGGACUGCCAGGAGCACUCCGUGGUCUGGGGCGCCAUUCUGGGCGCCUGCAGAAAGCACGGUGGAGACGUGGAGCUUGUCGAGCUCGCCGCGCGGCGGUUCUUCCGGCUGCAGCCUGGAAACGCCGGGAAGUACCUGGUCCUGGCGAACACGUACGCUGCCCGCGAGAUGUGGGAUAGCGUGGCUGGCGCGCACGAGGCCAUGAGGGCGCUCGGCUUAAAGAAGGAUCGUGCCUGGAGCUCCGUCGAAGUGCAGGGCAAGAAGAACAUUUUCCUCGUCGGAGACACGUACCAUGACGAUUACUCGGCAAUAUAUGAGGUAUGCAAUGCAUUGGCCUCCGCCGUCGCCGAGCAAUCCGUGCGACCAAUGGAUGGUGUCAGUCAUUGUUGA